AUGCCGGCCAACCGUAUAUUACUCAGACAUUUGAACAAGAAAUCACGCCAUUAUACUUUAGAUAAUACAGAUCAUAUUAUUGAAGCACCCAGCUGGGAUAUUGGAAUUGGUUAUGAUAUGCGGAAUGACUUUGGAAAAACGAUGAUUAAAAGAUUAUUACAUUGGGGUCCAGUCACAGCAAUUUGUAUCACAUUGGUUGUACGUCUUUUGCAUCCCUUUACAACAGUAACAUGGUUUGAUAUCGGCAUGACUACAACGUAUGUGCAUUUGCAGUGGUGGCCUUUAGAAACUAUUACCUCAUUCAUGCAUCUAACCCUUUUCUUAUCUUUUAAUUACUUGACUCGUUCAGCAUUUCUUGGUCCAGGAUAUGUUCCAUACCAUUGGCAUCCGCCCAGAAAAGAAGAUGAGAAUCGGCUGCAAUACUGUAGAGCAUGUGAGGGCUUCAAAGUACCUCGAUCGCAUCACUGUUCAAAAUGUGGCCGGUGUAUUUGUAAAAUGGACCAUCACUGCCCUUGGAUUAAUAACUGUGUCGGACAUCGUAAUCAUGCACUGUUUGUACGCUUUCUGCUCUCAGCAGCAGUUGGUUGUAUUCAUGCCGCUAUAAUUUUGUCGUUCUCCUUGUACCGUUUUUUAUUAUGGAUGUACAAGAAUUAUGAUAGCAGCAGUGAACCGACGGUCAUAUUAUCAAUAUAUUCAUUCAUUCUUGUUAUAUUUGUCCUUGGCUUAGCAGUGGGUGUAAUUAUAUCAACAGGCUUUCUGCUAGGUGUUCAGAUCAGAGGCAUAAUUCGAAACCGUACCGGUAUCGAAGAUUAUAUUGUCGAUAAAGCUGACGUACGUGAGCGAAAAGCUGCAUUUGUUUAUCCUUAUGAUUUGGGUUGGCGUCGAAACAUCUCUGAUAUAUUGCUAACAUGGAAUGGUAAGCCAAAAGGAAAUGGCAUCUGGUGGCCUGUUAUAUAUCCAACUACGCAAUUUACUUUUUCGGAAGAGCAGUUGUUACAAAAGAAGUGUAAACGAGAAAAUGGUCAUGAAAUUGAAAUUACACAAAAUUUUCCCGGUGGUUAUUGUUCGUCGUUCAAGCUUGGCAUAUAUAUUUGGUUUAACCAGCCUUGGUCUGAUGAACCAAGACAACCGGUUAAAGUUGGUGAGCACUGGUUGGUGACUCGAAUAAGUAAAUAUUGGCUCUAUGGUACUUUACUGAACGAAGAUAUUAUCAAGGAAUACUUUGAAGAGAUACCGGAACAGAAGAAAGAAAAAAUCAUUGUGAUUAGGGGUUGGUUCCCGCGAGUGUGCACUCGUAAACUGGAAUGA